UCCUUGCAUUUAAUGUUUCAAUAAGCUCUAAGUUGAGAUAUUCAAACUCAACACUAUAAAUGAUCUCUCCCACCUCCAUACCAACAACACAACAUCUCUCCCACCUCCAAGUCUCCUCUCUCUCCCUCACACAGAGAGGUAUAACUACAGAAUAUACAUACAUAAAACAAAGAUGAUGAGAGGGAAGGUUUUGAAAUCAUGGAUUAAAAAGUGUAAAAAGAUGAACGGUGGAGUUCUACCUUCGUCUGCAAGUUGUGAUAAGUGCUGCCAAUGGGCAUUCAGUUGGCCAUCAUCAUGCAUACAUGAAGAAGAGGAAGCUUCGAUUCCAAGAGAUGUCCCAAAGGGUCAUUUGGUGGUCUAUGUGGGCAAAAACGAGAGGAGGUUUGUGAUCAAGGUGAAAUUACUGAAACACCCUCUCUUCAGUGCAUUACUGGAUCAAGCUCGAGAAGAAUACGACUUCACUACUGAUUCCAGACUCAAUAUUCCCUGUGAUGAGGACGUUUUCCUCAGUGUAGUUAGGUGUGCCACGUCCCCACAUGAUCGAAGAAUCCCUCUGUGCCUCUGAUUUUUGGUUCAGUCAAAUGAAUUGUUCCUGCAAAGUUCUAUAUAUUCAUGUAAAGAGAUAACUUAAUAUUGUACGUGACUAGCUAUAACAGUGAACUCUAAUGCAAGAAAUGAAACCUGUUUUUUGUAUGGAUGAUGAUCAAGUCUAUAUGUCAACAGUUGCUAAAAAUUCGUUUAACGCUCAUUAAAGAUAUUAGUCUAUGAACAUCAUGUAUAACCCAAGGAAAGAACUAGAAACAAAAUUCACAAAAAGUAAUAACUAAUUUGUGUUUUCCCAGGUCCUUUUAUUAAUCCUAAUGUAUAAAAGUUGACGUGUCUCGAGAGAGAUCCUAAAUUGAAAAUGUAUCCGGCCUUUGUGUGAUAAAGCAUGAUCCAGCAUUCAGGGGUUGUUUAGUUAGUUUUCCAUUAAGUCCUGUAUGGAUAAAGUUUUGUGUGUAUUAAUUUGUUUGUAU